AUGGCCUGCUCACAGGGGGCCCUGUCUCCUCGGUCUCCUCCUCAGUGGGGGCCACAGGGGGCGCUGUCUCCUCUGUCUCCUCCUCAGUGGGGGCCACAGGGGGCGCUGUCUCCUCUGUCUCCUCCUCAGUGGGGGCCACAGGGGGCGCUGUCUCCUCUGUCUCCUCCUCAGUGGGGGCCACAGGGGGCGCUGUCUCCUCUGUCUCCUCCUCAGUGGGGGCCACAGGGGGCCCUGUCUCCUCUGUCUCCUCCUCAGUGGGGGCCACAGGGGGCGCUGUCUCCUCUGUCUCCUCCUCAGUGGGGGCCACAGGGGGCGCUGUCUCCUCUGUCUCCUCCUCAGUGGGGGCCACAGGGGGCGCUGUCUCCUCUGUCUCCUCCUCAGUGGGGGCCACAGGGGGCGCUGUCUCCUCUGUCUCCUCCUCAGUGGGGGCCACAGGGAGCUUGCAGAAAAACUGUUUUGUACAAUUCAGAAAAUGGCUCUGAAACCACAGAAUGUUACGUCUGUGCAGACUGUGGGGUCAGAGGUCAGCCCCUGCCCCAGCUCCUGUGGGGUCAGAGGUCAGCCCCUGCCCCGGCUCCUGUGGGGUCAGAGGUCAGCCCCUGCCCCGGCUCCUGUGGGGUCAGAGGUCAGCCCCUGCCCCGGCUCCUGUGGGGUCAGAGGUCAGCCCCUGCCACAGCUCCUGUGGGGUCAGAGGUCAACCCCUGCCCCGGCUCCUGUGGGGUCAGAGGUCAGCCCCUGCCCCGGCUCCUGUGGGGUCAGAGGUCAGCCCCUGUCCCAGCUCCUGUGGGGUCAGAGGUCAGCCCCUGCCACAGCUCCUGUGGGGUCAGAGGUCAGCCCCUGUCCCAGCUCCUGUGGGGUCAGAGGUCAGCCCCUGUCCCAGCUGCUGUGUAA